GUGCUGCCAUAAAAGCGCCAGGGAGCUCAUUGUGCGGAGUGAUCUGAUACGGACUACACCCAGCCGCCGCCUCACUGCCCUGGCUUUCUUUGCUGCCCCAGCCUUCGCGUUGGUCAACGUCGAAGUGUGGGUUAGAUUGGAGACUCUAAAUUUGCCUGGAGAUAUCUUUCACCUUCCCGACUCUGUCUCUUUUUUGGUAACAUUACCCGCGAAGCUAUAGUCUUUUUUUUAUAUAUAAAUUUAUAGCGUCAGUUUCUUGAAUAUGUCUUGGCAAAGCUACGUGGAAAACCUGAUGGCCGAUGGCAGCUGUCAGGAUAGCGCCAUUGUUGGGUAUACAGACGCCAAAUAUGUUUGGGCAGCGCAUGCCGGUGGUACAUUCAACAAUAUCACGUCUCAGGAAAUUGAUGUCCUCGUCGGAAAGGAUAGGGAGUCGUUUUACACAAAUGGUCUCACUCUGGGCUCAAAGAAGUGUUCCGUCCUUAGAGACAGCCUGCAGGAUGAUGGCGACUGGACGAUGGACAUCCGGACAAAGAGCCAGGGAGGAGAACCUACAUAUAACAUUUCUGUAGGCAGAGCUGGAAAAGUAUUGGUUUUAGUCAUGGGGAAGGAGGCGGUCCAUGGUGGAAAUCUUAACAAGAAAGCACAUGCAAUGGCUGAGUACCUGAGGAAGUCUGGAUACUAAGCAACCUCGCCACCCCAUUGGUCAACUUAGCAGCUCACUCCCACUCACCGUAUUGUUGACACGACUUCCAGGAUUUAGGUGGCAAACAGUGUUACUUCCUACCCAGUCUCCUUUUAUACACAGUCUUUUGUUGGCUAUACUCCCUCAUUCACUUAUUUAUUUUUUUUUUUGCCCUCCCUUUAACAUUGUUUAUCAUGAUUUUGACACUACAGUUAUGGCAUGUUUAUUGAGAUUAUCAACCAAACAUGUUUUUUAAAAAACAAAAAAAAGCGAAAGUGCAUACUUAAAUAAAAGUGUAAAAAAUAAAUUUGGACUCUUAAUGUAAACCGACUUGUUUUCUCUGUACACAUCGAUAUACAUAUACCUUUUUGUUAAGCAUUAUUAAAAAGAUGCCUCUAAAAAUGUUUUCCAAUAUUCAGCAUGCAGGCAUUAUGAAAGUUGCAUGUAUGCGCUUUAUCACAGCAAACCCAGCCCUGUUCCAUGUCCUUCCACAGUGUUUCAGCCAAACCAUCUGACAUAUGCCUUUCUCUUAAAGUCCUAUUGUUUUUUGUUUUUUUUUUAAAGACAGAUUUCCCCUAAUUGGCCACCUUCUGUUUCUUUUCUUUUUACCGUCCAUUACCUGAUUUUUGUUUUGCUAUUGUACCUGAAUGUGGUCUUAAAGUAACUGAUGUGGCGUUGGGCUGUUUUUUGAGUGUAACGUAAGGUUAUCAUUACACCGAUUUAUCAUUUUUGAUCCCAUCUUGGAGUCUCAGUGGACGUUUCAUCUCUUGGCAGUUGAGGUGGGGCCUGUCCUCUCCUGCCAUUUGUACAUUUUUGCUGUAAAAAUAAAAACACUACACCUUUGUGAGCUCGCCCUCCCAUGUGGACCAACUUCCAUAAGAGAGGUACUUUAGCUUAUUCUUAGAGGCAAUUGAUGGCUGCCUGGAAACCACCGAGAUGACUUCAGAUGACUGUAAAACAUGCAACUGCUUCUUUAGACUUCAACACUAAAAUGUUUCCUCACUAACUGACUUCUUGCUAACUUUAAUGUGCAUUGAUUACUACAAAGGCAAUGUCAUUUUUACUACAGUGUGAAUGCAUUUAGACUGUACACCGAGGCUGCUGGACUCCAACACCUUGGGAUUGUUUUUUGCCUUGUGCUUUAGUCAUCAAAGUGUAUUCACAACUUGUCAUAGUAUGGUACCUAGAAAUAUAUUAAAAACAAUGCUGUGUACACUAAACAUUGAAAAUGAUGUUGGUUGGAAUAAGAACAUUUGUAAGUUGUCUUGUGGUUUCUUUUUUUUCUGAAAAAUAACUAUUCUGUGCCAUAAAAUUCAAUUUCUGAUCUGAUACUAAUACGAGUUGGAUUUGUACCUGCUGCCCAAGCAAGAAAUAACUUUAAAUGGCACUUUCUUAAGGGAUAUUUUGGCAUUGGUAAUCUCCAGACUUUGUGGGAUCUGUACAGAAUUAAAACAAAGCAAAAGUUUUGAA